AUGAGAAGCUGCGUGUGUACGAGUCCGUUGUGUGCUCGAGAUCCCUUGCACGGUGGUCAUCCGUCUUCCGUGCGAUGCUGUUCACUGGUUUCGCUGAAUCGAGGCCAAGGGAUGAGGCUCCAUGGACAAUUGAGAUGCCGGAGGAUUCUAUUUCUCCCGUCUUCCUGGUCUUGUGUAUUGUACAUGGACACUUUCAACACAUACCCAAAAGCCUUGGAAAAGAUCACCUGUACCAGUUGUUGGUGUUGA